AAAUGUGGGUGAACUCACCGAGCAGUCUGUUAAUCUUCGUCCCGAUGUUUUGUUCCUUUUUUAAUAUUGCAGAUGGUCAAGUAUUUUAUGAAGACGUAAAAACGUAUGGAUGCAGGUGCCUACAAAAGGAUCAGAGAAGUCAACUUUUAAACUCAUUGACAAAUGGAAUUCCAUUAAACGCAAAUCGUCCGAUUUGGAAGCCUCUUUCCAGAGAGCCAUCAAGCUUGACAUCGAAUUUUCAGAACAAGAUACAGUAUCUAAAACAAUGGCUCGCAACACUGACCCUAGAUGCCCCAACAGUACCACCAAAAACCACAACAACAACAAUCAAACCAACAACAGAAGAUCCAGUUGCAUUGCCAUUUGAUGAAGCUGCUAUGGGGAAUAAUGUAUUCUUGAAACUUGCCUAUAAGAUGAUGGCUAAGUAUUUCAAUAAAUUCCGAGGCGAAUGGACCGUUCUAGAUAGGUUCGAGUGUGUUUGCGAUGGAGAUUUGAUGGAGCUUCUGAAAUCUAAAACGUUUAUUAACAUCCAAGUUGCGCACGAUUAACAAUUCUCAACUCUAAUAUCAUUUUUAAGGUAUCUAUCCAUUAUUUUCAUGAACUCAAAUAAACUUUUGACUU